GAGAGUUUGUUCCGACAUGUCUGGUCGUGGCAAGGGAGGGAAAGGCCUGGGCAAGGGGGGCGCCAAGCGCCACCGCAAGGUGCUGCGCGACAACAUCCAGGGCAUCACCAAGCCCGCCAUCCGGCGGCUGGCCCGGCGCGGCGGCGUCAAGCGCAUCUCCGGCCUCAUUUACGAGGAGACCCGCGGGGUGCUCAAGGUGUUCCUGGAGAACGUGAUCCGCGACGCCGUCACCUACACGGAGCACGCCAAGCGCAAGACGGUCACGGCCAUGGACGUGGUCUACGCGCUCAAGCGCCAGGGCCGCACCCUCUAUGGCUUCGGGGGCUGA